AUGGCCACCUACACCACCAUGGAAGGUCCUCAGCAUAUUGCUAUUCGAGAGCUUGAUCUGAGGACCUGCCACCCAAGCACAGUUGUCGAUAGAGUUGGUGCUGUUCCGGUUUUGAAGACCAGCGCUGGGCCUUGUCCUGGUGUAAGAGCCCCCUGUCGCUCGGUUACUAUGGCCACCACCGAAGCCAACCCUGGUCACAACCCUGAGCACACGACAGUUCCCUUCUUCACAUUCCUCCGCGCCAACCUUGUCCUCCACUCAGCAAUGACUUCAGCCACCAGUACCCCGCAAUUCGGUCCAUCUGUUCCCUUUUCCUCUUUUGUCCCGCCAUCUCCCUCUCCGCUUGCAGCUUCUACGCCAUACUUUGGUCUCGACAACGAUGAUGACAUCGAGCCGUUGUCCCUUGAGGUUCUCGACAAGCCUCAUGACAAGGUUGAGGGUAUGCGCCUCGUUGCCGACUCGAUUGCCCAGAUGCGCCAAAGGGCCUCUUUGAACCUCGUUUUCCACCCGCUUUGUCUUGCUGGCCUAUCGGCAACCUUGGCUGCCAUUUAUCAUUUCGGCGGCGUCACUCGUGACUCAGGACUUGGUAUGACGGUUUCCUGUGGAGUGAUCAUGAGCUACCUUAUGGGUAUUCGUUACUUGGCCAACGGUUAUAUUUCCUUGGCUGAGCGCUUGCAAUGGAACUGGCUACGUGCUGAUGACGGAGAGGAGGAUACCCUGCUGGCUGCUCGACUGAACCAAGACAUCAUCGGAACCCUAGUCCUUCGCCUUGAGCCCAACCCGACUUCUAACCACAGACGCAGACGAUCGCUUUCUCUACGAGGAGGCAAGGGUGUCAUUCGCGCGUGGACCACCAAUCUCAACUAUCGUGGAAAGGGCGUUGGAAAGGAUCUCCUUCAAGAGGCUGUCCGUGUUACCAAGGAACGUUGUGGAAAGGAUGCUGAAGUUGGAUUCGCUCAAGAGCACGCCAAUAGCGCCAUGCUCCUUCCCGGCAUCUUUAACGCUCCCUUCCGACGUGACGAGGUCCGAGCCACCAGGGCUUUGGAUGGUAUCUUGUCCAACUGGGACUUGGUUAAGAAGAGGAGGUAA